CAUGAACAGGAUGCUGACCAGCGGAAGGGAGCUUGUUAUGGAGGUAUAUCCCGCCUACAAAGCUUGGUAAAAGAGCAAAGAAGAAAUAAGAAUUCAACUCUCUGGGUCAAUGCUGGAGAUUUCUUUCAGGGAACUGCUUGGUAUUCACAAUACAAAUGGAAGGUUGUCUCCAAGUUUAACAACCUGCUGAACUUCGACGCAAUGACCCUGGGCAAUCAUGAGUUCGAUGAUAGUAUCGCUGGGCUGACACCGUUCCUCAAGGAGCAAACUGUCCCAAUAGUUGUCACCAAUAUCAACCACACGAAAGUUCCUGAAAUGGGCGGACUGUAUGUAAAAUCUCUGAUCAAGGAAGUAGAUGGUAGGCUGAUAGGCCUAGUUGGCUAUAUUACACCUGAUACUGUGGAUAUUUCAAACCCAGAGCAACUUAUUUUUAUUGAAGAAGUUCAAGCAUUGAAGGAGGAGGUGACUAAACUUCAUAAUGAAGGAAUAGAUAUCAUCAUUGCCCUGGGACAUUCAGGGUAUGAGAGGGAUUUAGAGAUUGCGAGGUUGGUGUUUACUAACUUGUUUAAGAGAUUGCGAGGUUGGUGUUUACUAACUUGUUUAAGAGAUUUAGGAAUUUCAAGUUUUAAACAAAUGAGUUUUAGUGUAUUUAUCUAAAAUAUAAUAUUUAAGAGA